UCAUUUAAAAAUAGUUCCAGUAGAAAGAAAAGAAAUGAGCUCAAGUAGUACCACAGGACGCGUUCGAUUGACUCCGGAAGGGACUGUUUAUUUUGAGAGUCUUGAUGACGACGGACGCAAAGAUUUUUACGCAAAAUUAAGGCAAGAGUUGGCCGAUGCGAUUCCCAUAGAUCCAAGACGUCUAACUACCAAUGGAAAUUUUGAAACUGACACUUCAACAUCUCCAAAACAAUUCUUUUUAUCUAUUAAUGUUGAACAAGAUAAAAAUAAACAAAAAAUUUCAGUUUCUUCAGCCAUUAAAGAUUUAGAUACUUUGAUUAAGAAUAAACCAUAUACUGCUAUCUCAAAUGGCGAAUCUACAAGUUAUUUAGAUCAAGAUUUUGGAUACAAACCCUCUA